UACACCAUUUCAUAGAUUUGCAUUUUCUUCUCUACUUCCUUCUCUCUUUAUAAAGACCCGUCUUUACACCAUUUCAGAGAUAUCUGAUUUGUUUUGAACGAAUGUUCAAAGUUUUUUUUUUUUUUUCUAAAUAAAAAAGAGUGAUAAUUAAGUUACAGGUUUCUGUCUUUACUUUGAAGAAUAGAAGAUGGUUCCAAUGGGAUUUAAAUUCUGCCCUACCGAUGAAGAGCUUAUCCAAAUACUGAUACAGAAAGUAUCUGGGAAUGUCAUGGCGCCGUUUGAUUUCAUUGUUGAAAGAAAUAUUUAUAAAUUAGAGCCGCAAGAUCUUCAAUGGAUUCAAAGCGCGGCCUUAAACAAUAACGAAAGGUAUUACUACUGUAAGAGGGAGAGUGAUUCUAGAGAGGUGUCGGGUCGAGGAUGGUGGAAGGCCACCAGUCAUGUCAAGACAAUUUCUGCUAAUGGACGAGUGGUGGGUUACAAAAGGCCCUUAACAUUUCACAGGUUUAGGGAUAACGGAAGAAAGCGCAAAGGUGCGAUCAAGACUGACUGGAUCAUGCAUGAAUAUGCCCUUCACUCUAUUCCAACGGACUGGAGACUCUGUAAGAUUAAGUACAAAGGAAAAGAAAGGCUUGAAGAAGACAUGGAAAAUAUCAGAAACAGUUCUUGUCCAAUGAGUUUAGAAGCUACAGGUGGCUGUAUUAGUUCCAUAAAUCCCAUGCAGGUGGAUCAGUUUGCUUGUAAGGAACAGCAGCCGCAGCCGCAGCAAUUUCUGCCGCCAUUAACCUUUAUUAACAAUGAGUAUGAAAAUUAUUUUGGGUCAAACUCAAACUCAAACGUGAGAUUUGAAAUAUCGAUUGGUGAGCAGCAGCAGCAGCAGCAGGAAAUGGAGCCAAUCUCCUCAUUUGAUCCAAGUUGGAUGCCGCUGAUGGCUACACCAAGCCACAUUGCAUCCCAACAACACAACCAAUCGGCUGAGACCAGGGAAGCUCAAUCUCCAUUUCCAGACCUGUGGUCCAGCUGGGAGAAUUGGCAUUGACCCCCUCUUUCCUCCAAAUAUUUAUUACUCAAGCAGCUGGUUUGCUAAGGGGUUUUAUUUAAACCCCAUACUUAUAUGGUUUAAUGUUUCUUUUCCUCAUGUAAUGCAUGUGAAUAGUAAUUAAUAUAGUUUGAAGACCCACAUAUUGGGCAUUUCACUAAUA